GAAAAAAAAAAAAGAUUCACUCGUCAUAAAAUGGAAGCUUCAUUCUGACCCAGGCCUGAAUGUGUCAAACAAGGACCCCAGUGCUAUGCGUAUUUAGACUUGCCCACUGUGCUGUAAUGCGGUUCGGGGUUUAACGGGUUAACCCGCACAUCUGCGUUCACCGACGUUACCGCAACUCAGUGCGCUCGCGCGCUUUACCGACCGGCUACAUGGCUCAUACAGGAGAUGCAGACGCUCUUCACGGCAUCACUGAGAUGGAGAAACUGAGUGGUGGGGAGUGUGAGAUGAUGAAGGCAGAUCUGGAGGCUUCGCUCUCGGAGAGCUGCAGGUCAGCUAUUCAGUGUCGGGAUGUGUGUCGCUCCUACGGAAAGCUGCGAGUCCUCAGCAGCCUCAACCUGACUGUACCUCAGGGCCACAUUUACGGCUUGCUGGGCCCGAGCGGUUGUGGGAAGACUACUCUGCUGAAGUGCAUCGUGGGAACUCUGAAGAUCUCCAGAGGUCACAUCAGCGUGCUCGGGAAGCCGCCGGCGUUCCCCGGACACGAGGUGCCUGGAAAGAUGGUGGGAUACAUGCCACAGGACAUAGCUCUGUAUAACGAGUUCACCAUCAGCGACACGCUCUGGUUCUUUGGCCGAAUCCACGGCCUCUCAUCCAAAGAGACGCGGGAGCGGAUGAAGUUCCUCGUCGAAUUUCUGGACCUCCCGCAGAAGAACAGUCUCGUCAGAAACCUCAGUGGGGGUCAGCGACGCCGCGUUUCUCUGAGUGCUGCUCUUCUUCAGAACCCUCAGCUCCUCAUCCUCGACGAGCCCACAGUAGGAGUAGAUCCUGUUCUACGAGCCAAAAUAUGGCAGCACCUGGUGGAGAUUGUGAAAGGAGGACAGGUGUCCGUCAUCAUCACUACACACUACAUAGAGGAGGCCAGACAAGCCAACAUGGUGGGGUUAAUGAGGAACGGGAGACUGCUGGCUGAAGCCAACCCAGAGGAGAUCAUGAAGCAGCACAAUUCAGUCACCCUGGAGAAUGCUUUUCUACAGCUUUGUGAGGUCUCGGACCAAGUGGGGCCCCCGGACAGUUCUCAGGGUCCUGUGUACAGUAACAGCGUGUCUCCAGACAGCCUGAGGGACGAGUGCAGAGAGCCCAUUUUGGGGAAGGAUGUAUCGGCGACAUCAGACAUCCCCAAAUUUAAAGCGGACUGGAAGGUGAGAGCACGGCACGUCAUUCCAAAAUGGCGAAACAUCGCAGCGCUGACGAUCAAGACGAUGGUGCGAAUGAGAAGAAAUCCGGGCUCACUGUGUUUUCAGUUCCUGUUGCCCGUGAUUCAGAUCUGUCUGAUGUGUUUGUGCAUCGGCGGUGAUCCGAAGGGCAUCCAGGUGGCUGUGGUCAAUAACGAAACCAGCUCGGGCGCCUACAGCCGCUCUCUCCUCUCUUUCCUCGACAACACCAGCAUCUCCCAGGUGAACCUCUCCCAUUCUGCUGCUUUUGAAGGCGCCCGUAACGGGGAGUACUGGGGCGUCAUCGAGUUUGGCAAGAACUUCACCAGCUACCUGACCAAAAGGAUGUUGCAGCCGAGAGUCUCCAGAGACAUCGUCGAGGGGGGGUCCGUCCACGUUUGGCUCGACUUGACGAAUCGACAGAUAGGAAUAAUGCUGCAAAAGAAGCUGCAUGAAGCAUUUCAGGCUUUCGUGGGAAGUAAGAUGGGCAGUCAGGCCUACCUAGUGUCUGUUCCGAUUAAGUUCGAGGAGCCAAUAUACGGCAGUCCGAACACUACAUUCACUACCUUUGUGACUCCAGGAGCUGUCCUGAGCAUCACUUUUUACCUGGCGGUGGGACUCACUGCUCUGUCCUUCGUCUUGGAAAGGAAAGAAGGGCUGUUGGACAGGUGCUGGGUGGCAGGCGUGAGUUCUCUGGAGACCAUGCUGGCACAUCUCUUCACUCAGCUGUUGGUCAUCAGCGUCCAGAUCAUCCUGCUCCUGCUCUUUAUACUGCUCGUCUUUAAGAUUCCCAACGAAGGCUCCCUGGUCCUAGUCAUCUGCCUGAUCGUUCUUCAGGGCGUGACCGGAAUCUCCUUCGGAUUGGUUAUUUCGUCCGCCAUCGACGACGAGCAAUCGGCCAAUCAGGCAGCUCUCGGCAUCUUCUAUCCCAACCUCAUCAUCAGCGGUGUCAUUUGGCCGGUGGAGUGUAUUCCGUAUCCGCUGCGAUACCUGAGUCUUGUGCUGCCUCAGACGUACGCAUCUGAAGCCCUGCGAUGCAUUAUGUACCGAGGAUGGGGUCUGUCGCGCAUGAUGGUGUGGCGCGGCUUCGCCGUCACGCUCGGCUGGAACACGUUCUUCCUCAUGCUGGCCACCAUCAUCCUCAAGCUGAGGACAUGAAGGACGCCGGUCACUGGAAGGAGCUUCAGAUCAUGGAGAGAGGCAUCAGGCGAAUCCCAGGCUUCAUGGAGAAGACAAGGCCUCUCUCUCACUCAAUAUUUUUUGAUGCGGCUCUCACGAGUGGAAGAAUGGGGAUUUUUCACCUGCAGUAGGGCUGCUAAUCAGAGUUCACUAUUAGGCUGAAGGCUACCUCAGAGUAGCCGAUCAGGCUCUUCUUUUUUCAUAAGAACCAGAACCAGUCACCUCAGGGAAAGAAUAGGUGCUGGUUCUGCAUCAGUAGCAUUCCACCAGCAAGUGUUAUACUACAAAUCCAAUGGUAUGUUCGUUCACGUACUUGCAUUUGAUAUGUCCUAAUUAGCACAGACCACAGUCUUCAAUACACUCGGAGAUCCUAAAAGGCAAGUAACCACGUGAAGUACCGACCUUUGACAUGACUGUCACCUGGUGCGUAAAGUCCAGAACUUGGAAAAUUCAAAAGCUCAGACACCUUGACGGACUCGUUCUAGACAGACAACACGGCGUCUGGAUGCGUUUGAGAGAUCUCUGUUUGUGUCGUUCGUUUUCUUCACAGCUCUCUAGAGUUGCAGUGUUAUAUAAUCAAGUUUAACCAUUUAGUUGCUCUAUCCGUGGGCUUUGCGUGCGAGGUACCUCCUCUGACUUGAUGACGGCUGUGUUAUUUGUUUUUCCUUCAUGGUAAGGUCUCCUGUCAUUCGAUUCAAUCUCAGUGAGUGGGAUCAGCUAUUCAUAUGGGCUAUUCAUAUGACCAGUAAUACUGUAUAUCCAAGCACAUGGUCUCACGACUGAAGUUACUGAGUCAUGGAUGGAGACUACUUUCAUGACAUCGUGUCUUCUAGAUAGUGAUAGCUGAGUCACACUCUGAACUAGAUGGUUUCUGCUUGGGGCCUGAGAUCUCUUGAGAGCUUUACGCUGGACGAUCGUACGUCUCGGAUCUCAGGACGCACGUGACGUGCUGACCGGCGGCCGAUUUAGCGCCGUCGCGACCAGAGACAGAAACCGGUCCGUGUUUAAAAUCUCCGAGAGUGACCAUUUGUACAGUACAAAAGCCACCAAUAGGAGAACGGCAAAGGAUUAUGCGAAACCCGUGGGACGGCUAGAAAUACGGCCGUGUCGAUGGCGAGACAUAGACGAAACAUGCUAAACGACGGAAAAGUAACCGUAAUACCUCAAGCACACGUUCAAAUAUGUUUCCGUGUAAGCGAGCUCAUUCUCCUUUUAAUACAGGUCUGACACACGUUUAGUCUGUUAUAGAAAUCCGCCUAGUGAUAAUCUAUUUUUUUUUUUAAUUAUUAUUAUUAUUAUUAUUAUAGAUGGCUUAAGAUAACCUAUGUUUAUAUUAACGUUAGCUAGGUAACAAUCGCUAAUAUAGCUAAGAAACCUGUUCUAGCUUUGUCAAGAUACGCUAACAUGUUCACUGAGUAAAGUGCCGUGCUACAUUGAACUACAUUGAACGAGGCUUCUUCGACUUCACUAGACUUCCCAGCCAGAAUAGUUCAUCCCGCCCACCGAAGUUGAUUGACAGAAGACCUUAAACAGGCAAGGAAAUUAAAAACAGCCAAUAAUUAACUACGAUUUGAAUUGAAUUGCGUACAAGUAUUCGUUUAUGGGAGGUUUUGUUUUAUACGUCGACGUGUUUUAAUCGUACAUCCCGAAAUAAAUCGUAUGCUGCUGUCUGUUCCUUUGACCUCCUCAUGCUGGCCAAAGGAGGCGCUAUUUAUAAACAUCGAGAGCUCUAAGUAAUCCUUUAAUCGUGUACUUUAACCGAGCGUGGCACGAUUCGUAAUUUGUUGCAUUUGUGUAUGUUUUUAAACCGUUUCGGUCGUGUCGUGAAGUGUGGAGGGAAAGAUGUGCACGUUUACGUUAUUCUCCUGACCGGACCUGCAAUCGUUGUGAGCUGUGAAAAAGAAAAAAAAAAGAGAAAUGCAAGGAGGCAUGCAUGCGUAAUGAAAAGCGUUCGCCGGGGCUACAAGCACAAAGAUGGCAGCCUUGUGCCGGCUACACCAGCUACAAUCAAUACUGUGGCAUCUUACUGUAUGUUGAAAGAUAUACAGAGAUACAGAUAUAUAUAUACAAAUAAGAUGUAUAUUUGAGAUUAAUCGCUAGCUAUUGAGUAUUUUGUCGGACAGUGUUGAAUGCUAUGAAGGAAUGGCUUUUAUAAAGAUGUCUAUACAAGAAUUUCUUGCUUGUGAAGGUGUUCUCCUAUGGGUUUUGUCCCGAACUAAUUGUUGUUGUUGUUGUUUUUUUUCACAGAUAAGUACUGACUAUAUACAAUGUUUCUUUCUUUACAUUUAAUGUUUUAUAACGUCUUGUCAUAAAUCAGCUCCUUUGUCUUA